AUGCCCGAAACAACCAUCUCCUUUCGCAUCGCCACUGCGCACGACAUCCCAACUCUAAAACAAGUCAUCGAGUCAGCCUUUCGCGCCGAGGAUCCCCGAGAAGACUGGGUCGGCAUCCAAGCGCUAGCGUCCAGUUUCACAGUCGACGAAAAGUACAUUUCCAGCGUCAUCUCCCAUGCAGACAGUGUCUUUUUAAUCGCGCACGACAAGGCCAACACCGUGCUCGGAACCAUUGGUGCCGCCAAGCGUGAAUCGGGCACCGCCCGUCUGUUCAUGCUUGCCGUGGACCCCCAGAUUCAUCGCGGUGGAAUUGGAAGGCAGAUUCUCAGUUUUGCCGAAGACUACUGUCAGCGUGAGUGGGAUACUCGAGUCAUGAGUCUUGAUGCACUUUCGACUCGUCCAAGCCUGGUCUCGUGGUACAUGCGGCGUGGGUACCAGAAGACGGGCAAGACGGAGUUGUUUCCGCGGGAGCUGGCCAAUGGGCUUGAGUUGCCGGAGGAUUUGCAUUUUGUCGAUUUGGAGAAAAGGGUUUAG